CUCGAUAUUUCAAGUCGUAGGUAGGGGUAGUUAUGUCAGUUAGAAAUCCCCUUCAAUUAAUGGGGCCUUUCAAGUCAACCGCGUCGCAGAGCGAUUGUCGCUGACAAGCACUGUAUUUCCCAAAUUGCCCCUCCCAUCAUUGCCUAAAUCCCCCGACCUGUCCGCGCCCUUCGGUUCUCUCCGUCUUCCCCACUGUCACUCUCCCCUACCUCCUCACUUCCGGUUGGAUCCAGAAAUGGAGGGGAAUCCCGAGUCGGCGGCGGGAGAUCUCGGCUGCGGAGCGGCGGAGAGCCGUCCUCCGGCGCCGGAGCUGCGAUUCGAGGGAUCCGGCGAUGGGAAGGAGGGGAGGCCGGAUCCUGGGGCUUCUCCGCUCGCCGGAGCGAACGGGGCCAGGUACAAGUCGAUGUCGCCGGCUCGGCUCCCGAUCGCGCGGGCGCCGUGCCUCACGAUACCUCCCGGGUUCAGUCCCUCGGCGCUGCUCGAAUCUCCUGUCCUCCUCACCAACAUGAAGGCUGAGCCUUCUCCAACUACCGGAACCUUCAAUAUGUGCUCUAUCAUGGAUAAAACUGUUUGUAUUGAGGUAUCAUCUUCUACAAGGGAUACUUCAGAUGUCAAUGCAUAUGAUGGAGGGAAUUCUGGAGAUUUUGAGUUCAAACCCCAUGGCAGAGCAUCUUAUAAUCCUGACUUAUCCUCAUUAAAACCUUCGGGAUCUGUAGGCUUGAUCCAAGAAGAGAACAUGCCUUCUAUGCAGAUUCCAAGUCAAUCUCAAGGUCAGUGCAGAGGUACCUCCAAAAAUGAACCAACUCUGUUGGCUUCAGCUCCAAAUUCAGUUACUGAAAUGUCCAAUGUGACAGCUAGCCUACCAUCUGAAGCAGGUUCUGGUGAGUUACAACAGGCAAAAAGUUUAGAGCAAAGUACACAGAUGUUACAGUCAGAUCCCAGUGAACCUACUCCGUCAAGUAUACUUGAAAGAUCUGCAGAAGAUGGUUAUAACUGGAGAAAAUAUGGGCAGAAGCAUGUCAAAGGUAGUGAAUAUCCUCGGAGCUACUACAAAUGCACACAUCCUCAUUGCCAAAUGAAGAAGCAAAUAGAACGUUCUCAAGAUGGACAGAUCACUGAAAUCAUCUAUAAAGGUCGGCAUGAUCACCCUAAGCCCCAGCCUAAUCGUCGCUCAGCAAUUGGGGCAGUUCUCUCCAGCCAAGAAGAGGAAAAACCUGCCGAAUUUUCUUCUUUGAUGGGUGCUGAAGAUAAAUCAGCAAAUGUGCCAUUCCACAUUACUCAUCAGGUUGAUCCUAAUGGUACGACCGAGUUGUCUCCUGCCUUGGUCAGUGAAAAUGAUGUUGAAAUUGGUGGUGGGCAAUCCAAUAACUGCAAUGAGGUUGUUGGAGAUGGUGAUCCGGAGUCAAAGCGCAGGAAGAUGGAAAAUGCUAACAUUGAAUCUGCUUCAAUUGGCAAAAUGAACCGCGAGCCACGUGUUGUAGUGCAAACUGUGAGCGAAGUUGAUAUCUUGGAUGAUGGGUAUCGUUGGCGAAAAUAUGGGCAGAAAGUGGUUAAAGGAAAUCCUAACCCAAGGAGUUACUACAAGUGCACAAAUUCUGGUUGCCCUGUUAGGAAGCAUGUUGAGAGGGCAUCACAUGAUCCGAAGGCAGUGAUCACGACCUAUGAAGGAAAGCACAAUCAUGAUGUCCCUGCUGCAAAAACAAUUAGCCAUGAAAUGAUCACAACUGGUGAAAGUUCUCUGAGUAGCCACAGUACAGCAGCUCUCGGUGGUAUGAUGAGGAAUUGCGGCACCAGCACCAGAACCUUUCCCCACCCAUUCACACAAAUAGAGGAGAGUGACACAGUCAGCCUUGAUCUUGGUGUUGGCAUCAUCCCCUGCCAAAGUAACAUCUCAAAUGAGCAGCAGCAGCCUUUAGAAAUCGAACAGUUACAGCACUAUCAACCACAAUCCAUGGAUUGUGGCAAGCUGGUGAUCCAAACGACCCCAUUGUCUUCCCUCAAUGGAAGUUCGCACACCACCAGAAUUUAUGAGUCUGGAGAAGAUGAGGGUGAGGGAUUUACAUUUAAGGCAACUCCCAUAGAUCCUUCAUCUAAUUUGUAUUACACGACUGCAGGAAAUUUGGUAAUGGGUCCAUGAGAUGUCUUCAAAUGUUUGAUGCCAAAAUAAAGAUUGGGUUGCCCUUCAUCGAUGAA